UAAGUAUAAAUUCUAUAAAAGUGUUAAGUACUUAUACAUUUUAUUUGACAUUUAUGAGUGUUAUUUUGUAAUUAACCAACAAACUAACUCUUGCAGGUUUUAUGUGCAUUACUAUUUUAUGCACAAGGUAGUUACCAACGUGUGACUGGCAAGGCACACCAUUUUUCGCAGGAAGCAAUGAGUGUUUAUAUUGAAGAAGUAACAACCGCUUUGAACCACCCCAAUAUUCUAAAAAUGUUUAUCAAUUUUCCAACCACACGCCAAGAAAGAGAUGACAUUAGACACAGUUUUUUCAAUAAAUAUGGAAUCCCAGGGGUGAUAGGAAGCAUUGACUGCAGCCACUUCAAGAUAUUUACACCCAAAAAGGAAGAAGAACACUUAUAUUUCUGUAGAAAGCAUUAUCACUCAAUGAAUGUACAAAUGAUAUGUGAUCAGGAUUGUAAAAUUUUAUCCAUUAAUGCUAAGUUUGGAGGUGCAGCCCAUGAUUCUUUCAUAUGGGAAAAUAGUAAUGUUAACAAUUAUAUACAGUCUUUACACAGGCGUAAUGAAAUUGUCUGGCUUUUAGGUGAUUCUGGUUACCCUCAACGGCCAUGGCUGAUGACACCAUAUUUAAACCCAACUCCCAACUCUAUUGAAGAAACCUUCAAUGCAGCCCACACUUCUGCAAGAGUUGUCAUUGAAAACACUUUUGGGCGAUUGAAGAACCGUUGGCGCUGUGUACACCGAGAUAGAAAUUUACAUUAUAGGCCAGAAAAAUGCUCACAAAUUAUUAUAGCAUGUUCUGUGCUACACAACAUUGCCUUAAAGUACAAUGUUCCGGAUCCCGAAGAGAUAUGUGAACAAGAUCAAGAAUUUCAUCGAGAGGAAGUGGUGUUGGAAGAUGGAGGUGCUAGCGAAUUAUUAAUGGGGAGAGCACUACGGGAUCAGUUAGCUAGAAGACUUGCAUCAAGACGGUCAUAGUAUAAUUGUUUAAGAGUGUAAUGUUUGCAAAUAGGUACCAAGUAUCAUUUGUUAAAUAGGUAAAACAAAAAUAUACAUACACAU